AAAAAACAAAAAUACUUGCACACAAAGUCAAAGAAACUGAAGAAAGAUGGGAAGAGCUCCUUGUUGUGACAAAGCAAAUGUGAAGAAGGGACCAUGGUCUCCAGAAGAAGAUGCUAAACUCAAAAAUUAUAUCGAAAAAUACGGCACUGGUGGCAAUUGGAUAGCUCUUCCUCAAAAGAUCGGUAUCAAGAGGUGCGGAAAGAGUUGUAGACUUAGGUGGUUGAAUUACCUAAGACCUGAUAUAAAGCAUGGAGGAUUCUCUGAGGAAGAAGACAACAUCAUCUGCAGCCUCUAUAUUAGUAUUGGAAGCAGGUGGUCUGUAAUUGCUGCCCAACUUCCUGGAAGAACUGACAAUGACAUAAAGAACUAUUGGAACACAAGAUUGAAGAAAAAAUUGUUUGGGAGGCGCAAACAGUCGCAAUCCAGUAGACUAACCGGUUCAACCGAGGAUCCUAGAGAUGGGAAUGGAAUGGACACACUAAGUAAUUCUGCCAUUGAAAGACUCCAACUUCACAUGGAACUCCAAAGCCUUCAAAACCCUAAUAACAUAUCCAUGUGGCCUUGCAAGUUGAACCCAAUUCAAGAAAGGAUUAUGCAGUCUAUCCAACUUGUAAACGAAUCAUCAAACCCUUUAAUAAUGCAACAUGUUUUAAAUGAUGGACCACAAAAAGUUGAACUUUUUGGACCAUCCUAUAACUGCAUUCAACAAAAGUAUACCUCACCUAGUAAUAUGUUGGUCAAUCAAAUGGACAACUUCAUCAAUGUAGACGGUGGGUCAUUGGCAUAUGUAACGGGUCCAGAUUGCAUAAAACAGACAAGCAUGGAAUUCCAGCAGUAUUUGGCAUUUCAGGCUGAAAUUGACCAGAUCUCGUGCAACAAAAGAGCUAAUUCCAUAUCAGUAGAUCAGGCACAGACAAACGAAUUCGACUUUUUCAAGGACAUGGACAGUGCAAAGGACAUGAUGACUUGGUGGUCUAAUGAGUUCGAAGCGAAUUCAGCUUCUUCGACCUCAUGGGAUUCAAGUAAUGUGCUUGAUCACCAGCAACUAGAAUUGAAGUACUAGAAUUAGUACAAGCGCUCGUGUAUAGCACAAUAAAAAAAUUAGAAGAGGUACAAGUUGUUAGUCUUAGCUAAUUUUUUUUAACAUCUAAUGAAGAUGAUAAAGUGGAGGCGAUGGAGGACUGGUAUGUGGUAUGAUGUAAAUUUAUGUAAUAAUGUGUUUCUUGUGUUCUAAUGAAUAUAUAUAUAUUACGAAAA